CUAUCUUCAAUCCUUCACACGUCCCUUUUCUCAUUUUUUUUUUCCAAUUUUUUUUCAUUUAUUUUUCAAUUUUUUGUUUCUCAUCAAAUCAUCAAUCAUAAUAACAAGAACCGAAUCACACCAACUACUACUCAAAUCAAUCAAUAUCCUCCUCGAUUUUCGUGCCGUAUGAUCCGCUCUGCAUCUCCAGAUACGCUUCUCGAUUGCUAAUCGAUAAUCAUCACCGUCAUUGAUUGAUUCAGUUUCUACUGUGCUGAUUUCCUUUCUUGUUCAUCACGCUAUCCGAUGGCAGUAUGUCGUCGUUUACAGGUGCUUGUUGUUGCAGUUUUGUGGCUUGUUGCUGGUGUUUUCGCCAGUGACGGUGAUUCUGAUCCGAUUUACAUAGCGUGUGUCGAGCAAUGCGAGAAGACCGGAUGCGUGGGGAAUAUAUGCUUCCAACACUGCAAGUUGACAUCCGAUGGGAAAUCUGCUAGUGAUCCAUGGUAUCUACAAGAGCCACUGUACAUAAAAUGGAAAAAAUGGGAUUGUCUCAGCGGCUGCAGAUAUCAAUGUAUGCUUGUUAGGGAGGAAGAACGAGAGAAAACCGGGGCCACGCCCGUUAAGUAUCAUGGAAAAUGGCCCCUCCAACGCGCCUUCGGGAUUGAGGAACCUGUGGCUGUGGCACUCGCUGCGCUUAAUCUUGCUGUACAAUUUCACGGAUGGGUAUCGUUCUUCAUCCUCGUGAACUACAAGCUGCCGUUAAGCUCGACUAGACGGACAUACUAUGAAUACACUGGUCUGUGGCAUAUCUACGGGACUUUAAUGAUGAACUUCUUAUGUUGGAGUGCGGUUUAUCACAGCAGGGAUGUGGAAAUGACGGAAAGGCUACAUUAUUCAUCUGCUGCAGCGAUACUUGGAUAUUCUCUUAUAGUGGCUAUACUGCGAGCUUUCAGUUUGCGAAGCGAGGCUGCGCGUGUGAUGGUUGCAGCUCCAGUGAUCGCCUUUGUGACGACCCAUAUCUUGUAUUUAAACUGCUAUCAGUUUGACUAUGGUUUAAACGUGAAGGUUUGCGUUGCCAUGGCAGUAGUACAACUAAUCGUGUGGGUAGUUUGGGCCAGUGUUUCUAACCAUCCAUCGCGCUCGAAGAUUUGGUUUGUGGCAAUCGGAAAAGGUUUAGUUAUAUUCUUUCUAAUUUAUGACUUCCCACCCUUUCGGGGUUUUUUGGAUGCUCAUGCUGUUUCACACGCCAUCGCGAUUCCUGUAUCCUAUAUCUGGUGGGGUUUCAUUCACGACGACAGUGAAUACAGAACAUCAGCACUCCUUAAAAAAACAAAGUAGGAUCAAAUGAUCAAUCAUGGUUUGUCAGUUAAGGUAGUGCAAACGCGCUAUUGCCUUUUUGCUCGUGUGCUAGCGAGUUUCUUUGUAUCAAAAACUUGUGUCAAUAUGGGUUCUCGGGUCUUUCCCUGGGAAUUCUUGGUCACGUUUUUUUUUUUAUUUAUUUUGUCUUUUUUUGUUUUGUUUUUUUUUUUUUUUUUGUGAAAGCUCCGGGCUGUUGGUUUUUACAGAUUAAGAAGUUGGUGUCUGUACCGCUUAGUGCGGACCUUCCUUUUGGCUUUUUGUCCUGUGGAGCUUUUGUUUAUGCUUCUUUUGGUUUCAAUAAGAAUCCAUUUCAUGUUUCUAAACUUCUGUUAUUAUAAUUUCUUUUUAUUAACAUAUGUUUUAUCCCUUA